AUGUGUCUGUUCCGAGCCUCUUUCCGAACGGUGUUUGGACUUCGGGCUAAUCUACUCAAACCACCGGACAAUUGUCCAACUGCGGAAAUGAAGAAUAAGAUCAAACUGAGAUUUCGGUCACCGGAACAUUAUGCCCGGGGGAUGAGUAGACGUUUAUCAUGCUACCUCAUCUGCACUGUGCACUUAAUUAUGCACAAUGUUCUCAAGUUGUACUCAUUUUAUUUGAGCCAGUCAGACUCUUCAUUUCUUCUCUACUUCUACCUUUCCGCAGUUUCCUUUCCUGCAGUUGCCCGGAAUUCUUUUGCAGAUAUCCCUGCUGCAUAUUAUGGGAGUUUUAUGCCCCACCUUGGAGCCACACCAUUGAAUCCGAGCAAUAACAAAUACUCGUACACUGCACUCGCACAAUAG